ACGGUACAGACACAGCAGAGGGCAGAGAGAGAUGCUGCUGUUGCACGACUAGAGCAAAGCCGGGUGGUUCUUGCGAUGAGAUUGGCUGAGCACCAAGGUAAGAAGUACAAAGUGAUCGAUGAAGCGCUAGCUUUUGUGGGAGAUGUACGUGAUGCUGCUCGCAUUGGUUCACCUGAGAACCUUUAUGCUUCAGCUCCAUGUCAAUCUGGUGAGAACUUUGGGACACAAGAAGGGACAAGGUCUAGUGUUCUCGUUAAAUUUCUCAUGUCUAGUAUUAAUUUUGCCAAGAAAUCCCUUAAAUUGGAUCACAUGGGUGGGAUAUUGGGGAAUGCUGCUUUCUUUGCGGUCAGUAUGAUUGCAUUGCUGCAACUGCAUCAAGUAUCUUGUAAGGACAAAUUCAUUUCAGACCUCCCACAGAGGCAAGAAGAUGUUAUCUACAACAGAAAUGCGAGACGGCUCAAGGGAUCUUCCAAUGGUCUUUCAACCCACUUGGAUGUCUUGUCAGCCAGAGGGUAG